AAAAACCCUGGUGCUGGAAAGAAAAUCCUUGGUUGUUCAGCGUGGGAAGGCUGGAAAGAAGGGCUGCAGCGGGAAGGAGGGGUGGGAAGGAGACUGAGGUCUUCUGUGGUGCAAGAGAGUGCUUCUGACCCUUGGAAAUGGCCAACGCGGUAUUGCAUGGGUGUAAACCACAGCAAUGUUUAGCCCUUUCUUCAGAGGAUCCACUUGUGCUGGAUUUUUUAAUGCUGCAUGUAUAAUCAUUUCACAUCAACCUUUGUCCAUGGUGGGACAGAAUCAGCAAGGGCUGAAGUAGCAUUUAACCCCGCUGGAGUCAAGUCCAUUUAGCAUUUCAGCGUGCAUGGGUGCUGUUUGCAGAGGGAUUCUUUUCUAUCUGUGGCUGGGAGGUGUUUUCAAGUUUGCCAAGAAGAUCAAAACAUUCCUAGAUUGCUGCUUCAAAGUUUCUCUGUUGCAGACGAGGUUGUGGUGUUCAGCUCAGCGUGUCUGAGCUCAUUUCAUUGCUGCUUUCUAGGUAUGUGGAGGUGGGUAGCUGUGUCUCUCCUAAUAUCCGGGUGCAUGUCUUAUCCCAGGCGCUCAGCUCUCGCUGGCAGCAAUUUCCAUGCUGGUACAGAUGCUUCUGCCAUAGCGCUAAGUAAUUGUGUGUUUUACAAACGAGCUGUUUUCUGGCAGUCGGUUGCUGGUGGUGGAAAGCCCACUUUGGGUAAUUUCUCUAGACAAUAUACUGAUUGUUUCACUAAAGCAACAGGAAUGCCAUACCCUUGUUUUUCCCCGUCGACAGAUAAACUAACCCUUCCUUCAGGUGCUUGUUUUGCUGAAAUUUGCUCUCACACAAUAUUAAUUACGAGUGUGAUCAGCUCAUGCCAAUUACUUUAUCCUCCAAUAUCUUUUUGCUCAUAUAUCUUUUUGCCUCCAAUAUCUUCUUCACUCGUGUCCGCCUGAAUUGUAAGAGAGCUGUUUGCCAGCAGGAUUUUUUUCCCUUAUUUUAAAAUUCUUUUUUGCUACUGAUUGAAGCUGUCAGAGCUUGGCAGUUGGGUCUCUGCAGUCAGCUGAUCAAGUGACUGAUUAGAGUUUUAAGACAAAGGUCCUGAAAUUCGUGGUACCUAUAUUUGCAGGGGGGGAAAUUUUCAUCUGAAAUUAAAUUGUGCCUCAAGCACCUGCAGCUUAUUUCUGUGGAUGCAAAGGAGAGUUUGGAAACUUUUCCCAAAGCCCAUUUUUUUCUUAGGACAUGUGUUGUACCAUGGCUUAAUCUUGUGGUUCACAGAGCUAGUACUUUCAAGAAAAAAGUAUCACUUCUGGAAUUUACUUCUUUCUGGAAUAAGCUCAGGACUUCUUGCAGAUCCUGGUCCUGCGAUGUGCUGCUUGCUCCAGCUCACACAAUUGAGGGUUUGAGGAGCUCUGUCCUUCACAGAGCAGAAAUAAUGCAACAGCUAAGUACAAAUUAUAGGUUUGUAGGGUGUUUUCUUGCCUGCGGGUCCCACAGAAAGCAGCUGAAAGUGUGGAUUGCUCUAAAUAAGGGUGAGGUGCUGGUUCAGGCCUCUGCGUAGCAACAGAUAAGCUCUGGGCUGACUUAUCUUCUCGGGGAGAUUUUACGUUUGCUUUUCUUUGUCUCCUCUCCCUCUUUCCUUGGUUUGUUUCAGCCUCAGCCCAUUUCUUCCCAUAACUCAUGUUCCUAUCCCUGACACUGCCCUUCUUGCUUGCGUUACUCAUUUGGCUUCCUCUCCACUUUCCCUCCCCGCUGCCUCCCUCCUUCGCCCUCAAGAUUGCUGGGCUUCUGCCACCACAUCUCCUUCUUCCCCCAGGUCAUCUCACCAGCUCCAGGCUUCUGCUCCGCUCCCCCUUGAUGGGCACCUCCUUAAUGUCAGGAGCCGACUUUCAAAUAAUUAUCUGGGUUGCUGAUUAGCAGUUUGUGAGGGCAGAGCUGGCUUGGGCUUUUCGUUAAGGCUCUGAGUAAACACCAUUGCACGGUUCCUGGUGCGGUCUAGAAGCAAUCUUGCUGCUUUCCUGCUCAUACCCCUGUGGAUCCUCCAUGCAGAACCUGCUCAGGUGCCGGAACACAGAUUGUGGCUCCAGAGGGGUUAACACUGAGCCAAAACUAGGUCUCUGGACCGCAGUGAUGAGGAAGCCUCGGAGGAGGUCCCGGCAGAACUUGGAGGGGAGACGUUCUCCCUCACCCUACAGCCUCAAGUGCUCACCGACUCGGGAGACACUGACAUACGCUCAGGCCCAGCGGAUCGUGGAGGUAGACAUUGAUGGGCGGCUUCAUCGCAUCAGCAUCUACGAUCCCUUAAAAAUCAUCACAGAGGAUGAGCUGACAGCCCAGGACAUCACAGAGUGCAACAGCAACAAGGAAAACAGCGAGCAGCCCCUUUUCCCUUCCAAAUCUAAGAAAACACCUUCCAAAGGCAAGAAGAAGGAGUCCUGCUCCAAACAUGCACCAGGGACGUCUUUACACUUACCCCAGCCCAACUUCCGUGUGGUGGACUCCUUCAGUCAGCCACAUGCUCCUCCUCUCCCCGCUGCCUACUACCGGUACAUUGAAAAGCCUCCCGAGGACCUUGAUGUAGAGGUGGAGUAUGACAUGGAUGAGGAGGAUCUGGCCUGGCUGGAAAUAGUCAACGAGAAGAGAAGGGAUGAUGGUUAUGGGACAGUUAGUGCUGACACUUUUGAGCUGCUGGUGGACCGGUUGGAAAAGGAGUCGUACCUCGAGAGCCGGAACAAUGGGGCUCAGCAGUCUGUCAUCGAUGAGGAUGCCUUCUGCUGUGUCUGCAUGGAUGAUGAGUGUCACAACAGCAACGUUAUCCUGUUCUGUGAUAUCUGCAAUCUGGCUGUGCACCAGGAGUGUUACGGCGUGCCCUAUAUCCCUGAGGGGCAGUGGCUUUGCCGCUGCUGCUUACAGUCCCCUUCUCGCCCUGUGGAUUGUGUCCUUUGCCCAAACAAAGGUGGAGCCUUCAAGCAGACCAGCGAUGGCCGCUGGGCUCAUGUGGUUUGUGCCAUCUGGAUCCCAGAGGUCUGCUUUGCAAACACGGUGUUCCUGGAGCCCAUUGAAGGGAUAAGUAACAUCCCCCCGGCUCGGUGGAAGCUCACAUGCUAUAUCUGCAAGCAGAAGGGCAUGGGAGCUGCUAUCCAAUGCCACAAGGUGAACUGUUAUGCUGCCUUCCAUGUCACCUGUGCCCAGCGGGCUGGCCUCUUCAUGAAGAUAGAACCCAUGAGGGAGACCAGCAUCAAUGGCACAACGUUCACCGUGCGCAAGACUGCCUAUUGUGAGAGUCAUUCCCCACCUGGAACCGUGAAAAAAGGGUCUCCAGCUGCUAGUGGCGAGGGACAGGAGGACACUGUGAAAGAGGAGGGGGAGGAGGAAGCCAAUUCCAGCCCUCCCAAAGGGUCUCUGAAAAAGAACCAAGUGAAAUUGAAGCAGAAGAUCAAAAAGGAGCCUGGUGCUGUGACCAAUGGGCGUUCAUCUGUGCCCAUGGUGACAGUCGCACAAAUCCCCUCUUACAGGCUGAACAAAAUCUGCCACGGCCUUUCCCUCCAGAGGAAGAACCAGUUCAUGAGGAGGCUCCACAGCUACUGGCUGCUGAAGCGACAGGCGAGGAACGGGGUGCCCCUGAUCCGGCGCCUGCACUCACAUCUCCAGUCUCAGAGGAACGCGGAGCAGAAGGAGCAGGAUGAGAAGACCAGUGCUGUGAAGGAAGAGCUGAAGUACUGGCAAAAGCUGCGGCAUGACUUGGAGCGGGCACGGCUGCUCAUCGAGCUGAUCCGUAAGAGGGAAAAACUCAAACGGGAGCAGGUCAAGGUUCAGCAGGCUGCAAUGGAGCUACAGCUGACCCCUUUCAACGUACUUCUACGCACAACUCUGGACCUGCUGCAGGAGAAGGAUGCUGCCCAGAUCUUUGCAGAGCCCGUUAACUUAAACGAGGUUCCAGAUUACCUGGAAUUCAUUUCCAACCCAAUGGAUUUUUCCACCAUGAGGCGGAAGCUGGAGUCCCACCUGUACCGAACAUUGGAUGAGUUUGAGGAAGACUUUAACCUUAUAGUUACCAACUGCAUGAGGUAUAAUGCUAAAGACACGAUUUUCCACCGAGCAGCUGUCCGGCUCAGAGACCUUGGAGGAGCGAUAUUGCGUCAUGCACGGCGGCAGGCUGAAAACAUCGGCUUUGACACUGAUGUGGGGAUUCACCUGCCCGAGUCACCCAAAACCGAGGACUUUUACCGCUUUUCUUGGGAGGAUGUGGAUAACAUCCUCCUCCCAGAGAACCGGGCUCAUCUCUCCUUGGAGGCCCAGCUGAAGGAGCUGCUGGAGAAGCUAGACAUGGUGAGCACCAUGCGGUCCAGCGGUGCCCGGACACGACGCAUCCGGCUCCUGAGACGGGAGAUCAACUCCAUUCGGCAGAAACUGGCCCAGCAGCAGAACAAAACCAUGCCCAACGGGGAGCCUGUACUGCGGGAAGAGGGGCUGGAUAAAGCAUCGAGGGAAGGGGACGAGGAAGGGGAUAAAGCAGAUGAUGCCAAACCCCCGCACCCUCCAACCCUGGAGCCCACAGGACCUGCGCCCUCUCUCUCAGAGCUCGACUCUCUGCAGGACCCUCCAAUGCUCAAACCCAUCAGUGAAAGCAAGUCCUUGAAUCAGCUGCAGAAGAGGGUGAUGUCAGACAGGGAGCUCUUUGACAAGAAGACUCUGCAGCGGGAGAGCCAAGCCUUCCAGCGCCUGCUCAGCGACAACGGCCUGAAUGGGCUGGCCUUGCCGCCUGCAGACACCCCAGCCAGCCCCCCGUUCAGUGGCGUGGGCCGACGGACAUCUGUCCUUUUUAAAAAAGCUAAGAACGGGGUGAAGCUGCAAAGAGGCCUGGACUGCUCCCUGGAGAAUGGGGAGGACCAUGGGCAGAGUGGGCAGCUUUCACCCUCGCGCCCUGAUGGGGAACGACAAGCUCGGAAGCGGCCGCAGAGCAGGACCGGCAGCGAGAGCGAUGGAGAGAAGUCGCCCAGGCAGGCAGGACAGAGAGUAGGAGUGACUAACGGCUUUGUGAAGCACGCAGAAAGCAGCUCUGACUCUGAGUGCAGCGCUGGCCGGGGCGGUGCGCUGGUGUUUGAAGCCUGCAGUGGUUUGAUGCCUCCCAAGCGAAGUCGAGGCAAGCCAGCUCUUUCUCGGAUGCCCUUCUUGGAAGGUGUGAAUGGAGACUCUGAUUACGGCAGCUCAGGCAGGACUCUGCUGAUGUCCUUUGAGAGUCAGGCUGAGCUGGAGCCCUUGGAGCUUGUGUGGGCCAAGUGCCGUGGCUAUCCCUCCUACCCUGCCUUGAUAAUCGAUCCCAAGAUGCCGCGCGAGGGUUUGCUCCACAAUGGAGUCCCCAUCCCAGUCCCACCCAUGGACGUGUUGAAGUUGGGGGAGCAGAGGCAGACAGAGGCAGGAGAAAAGCUCUUCCUUGUCCUUUUCUUUGACAACAAGAGAACCUGGCAGUGGCUUCCGCGUGACAAAGUCUACCCCCUUGGCGUGGAUGACACAGUGGACAAGUUAAAAAUGAUGGAAGGCCGAAAAACCAGCAUCCGCAAGUCUGUGCAAGUGGCAUACGACCGAGCCAUGAUCCACAUGAGCCGUGUGCGGGGAGAUCAUCCCUUCGUUACGUCCAACUAUCUGUAAGGGGUUGGGGUGUCUGGUUCUCCUUUUCCUCAGCCUCGCGCUCGUUGCGUUGGCAGAGUGGACCGUCUCGUGCACUGACCAACUGGGGGAUGCCGUUCCCAGCAGCUGUCAGCUCUCCUCGAAGUACCCUGAAAUGUGCCAAAAAAACCUGUCCAGCUUCUUUCUGAAUGUGUCUCGCUGAAGAGCUGGAGGGCAGUGAAAUGUAAAGUUGACAGGGCCAAGAGGAAGGUAGUUAGGAAAAGCUGCCAGGUGACGGGGGCCAAGGUGAGCUGAUGCAGUGAGCAGAGAGCAGCACUCGGAUGUUCGGACCUCACGCACCCUCCCUCGCCCCUGCCUCCCCCAUGCUGCCGGGGGUUUGAAGUCAUCAGCUAGCCCCGAGUAAUUCCCGGGAACCUGUCACCACUGUAACCGAACCAGGAUCCUUUACGGAAAUCCCAACUGGACUUUCUUGUGCCAAAUUUACCCUAACCGUCAUUGGCCUUUUUAAUUUUUUAAAUGACAUUGAUUGUCCCAUCACAUUGAAAAAAAAAAAAAAGUCGUAGCUGGGAGUUUGUGUUACAAUUUUCCUGCCUACGUACAUAGUGUUUUCAUGUUUGAUUUCUCUCACUGCAUUUAGAAAAGCUUGAGAUGUUUUGGUAACCUUCCCCUCUGCUGCACACACUUACAUGCACAGAGCUUUAAAUACAAAAAGCAAAUUACCUGAUUUUUUAUGUGUGUGUGUGUAUGUCCUAGAAAUUUAUUUGGUAGUUUCACCUUUAAAUUCUGAUUUCUGUGACUGUGCUUGUUCCAGUAACAUUUCAUAUCAUGGUUUAGUACAAUACUGAGUCUAAGCAAAGAUAACUUCCUUUUUUAAGAAGAAAAACUAAUUUUGGAGGUGUCUAAUGAGCUGGAGCAGCUUUGCAGGCACUGAGGUUGAUCAGGGUUGGAGGGAGAUACAUCUUUUGUGUUGGUUUACGCACAUUUGGUGUAAGGCUCCUCUUCCUUUCUUCCCUUUUUUCCGUCUCUAAUGUUUUCCUCUGGCUCGGUUUGGGUUGGAACCAAGCACUAACUAGAGCACACGACCAUUUUGCCUUUUCGCCUUCUCCCACACACACAUAUCCUUUCCCUGGUGUGUGGGUCCCCAGCAUUGGCAUCCAUGAAAACCCGAGGAAACCCAGCUCUGCAGACAAUCCCUGGGGUUUUUUUUUUGGGUUUGCAUUGCAAAAACAGGGACAACUGAUGUUUGGAAACUUGAUGACAAAACCUUUUCUAUUAGCCAAGGACUUUAUGAUUUCUCCUCUCUCUUCUGUUGUGUAUCCCUUUUUGCUUUCCCAUUUUAAGAACCAAAGGUGCAGAGCAAGAUUGUAGAUUGAAUAUCAUCAUUUCGCUUUUGAACUCAAUAUUUUUUUAUUAUUUUAACUUUUUCAUACUGAAGAGAAUGUGGGGUCAUAGUAAUAAUAAUUAAUAAUAAUGAAUAGCGGGGAGUAAUCACUGCCAUUUCUACUUGGUCUACUUUUUUAAAAUACCACUUCUUAUACAUUGGGACAUGGAACCACACUUUAAGGAAGAUUCCUGUAACAUAUAGAGAUGGGGCAUAGGAUUUUGUAAAAAUAAUAAUAAUAAUAAUAAUAAUAAUAAUAAUAAUAAUGUCUAUGGAGUGUGGCUUGGGAAGGAUGUUGUGUAUAUAGUUGUAAAAUAUUGUUCUAAAUUAUUUAGACCUAUUGUCACCAUUCUUGAAGUCCUCAGUUGUGUUGCUGGGUCUUUUAUAUGCACACAGUGUAAUUUAUUUAAAGGAACAUACACUUUUCCAGGUGGUAGCUCAGCUGUGGACUUGUGACCUGUGUAUAUGUUUUAAGAUCUUGGGAUUUGGGGUUGGUUUUUUUUUUUUUGUUUGGUUUUUUUAAAUGACAUUUUAGAAUUUGAAUUGGCUGAUAUCCUGCUGUUGCUACGGGACCUAAAUGUUACUGUCAGUCUGCUGUAAAGCACAGAUCGCUCUAUUUAUUGUAGAAAGUGAGUUUAUUUGCUUUCUAGAAUUGUUUAUAUCAGAUGGUAUAAGAGAGGUAAUAAGAAAAUCUAUGCUUGUAAAGAAAAAAAAGCUAAUUUUACCUACUAUAAUCUGACUGUCUGAGACUAUAUUUUCUCUCUGAGAAAUAAAUGUUCUAAUGUAUAAAAAAAAAAAGAGUCUUUCCUUGCUAGUGUUGUCCUGAGGUCCAGGACAUCACUUGCCAUGAUGAGGUUUAUUCAUCCCAGAUGCAUAAAAGUGGUUGCAAAGAGCAGCGAUGGGGAAGGGGUGUGCGGAGGGAUUUCUUGUGCUGCCUUGAACAUCUCCUGGAGGUGAGUUUGUUCCCUGUGCGAUGGGUAAUGGGGUUGGGUGCUGCAGGAUGGGAUCCCAGCGGGUGCUGUGCAUGGCAGCCCCCUGGCCUGGCGGGGGUUGAGAGCCCCGAAGGGAUGGAAUUGGGAAUUUUGAGGCUUGAAUCCCAUCUUCUAGUGAUGCUGAUGGCCCUUGGUGGGUCUGGGUGCUCCUGCGAUGCUGGGCCAUGGGCCGGGGGAUUUGCCAGCAGAUGGAGAUGUGCUGAGCGAUGUGGUGGCGAUGGGGCCAGAUGCUGGAGCCCGAUGCGUCCCUGGUUCCUGGCUGGGGAGGGUUUCUCACCUGAGCAGGGUUCUUGCAUUGUCUCUCUCCCUAAGAUGCAUUUUCCCUCCCUGCACAGGAUCCUGCACCAUGGUGCACCAUCAGGACCCCUUCGCUGCUUGGCCCCUUGGGGCAGACCCCGGUUUUCACUGGAGGCUGCUGCUCUCCGAGGGCGCAGGUAUCAUUCCCGUGCACCACGAGUGUGAAACCAGAGGCGCAAAAACCCUGCAGGAGCCUGGGGAUGUUUUUCCCUUCCUUUCCCCCCACCCUGUUGUCAGCCCCAGCACCACAAAUUCUCUCCAGUCCCAGUUUGCAAAGCUGGGUUUUCCCUGCCUGGAUCUGGCCCCAGCAGCAGCGUCUGCAGGAACUGCCAAGAUCCAACGUCCCUCCGGAGCUACUGCAAACAGCAUCUCCCGGGGCUGCUGCUGCCGGCACCUUUGCCUGAAACCAGUAACUAAUUUGUAGUGUUGCAAGCAAAACUUCUUGACAGAGAAGUUAAUUUCCCCCUGAUGACAUGGUGCGUGUUUGCUUGGUGGUGUCAGGUACUUCGGGUGCAGCCCCCAGCCUUGCCCCAUCCGCUUCCCCGUGUUUUUUCUCAGAGUCACAAAAAAAGAAGAAACAAAAUCCAUGAAAAUGAGGAGAUUCCCCUGGCUCGGCGUGCUGGCCAGGGAAGGACACAGCUCGUUGUUGGUGUUAAGGCAAUGCCGAAGGCCAGCAGGUUUUGCUCAAGGGGAGGGGAAGUUCCUUGAAUUUCUGCAACCAUUCCUAAUUUUCUGAAUUUUGGUUUUAUGUUGAGGUGCCGGGUGGAGGGGUGGCAGGUAACAGCCAAGAACGAGUCAUGUCUCAGGCCCAGAGAAGGGUCUUGGAGUUGUCUGUAACUAUAAUUAGCACUUUCGAUGCAGAUGUAGCAUAUAUGUGCAAUGCAAAUAUGCUCCAGGAGAAAACUGGGGGGCAUCUUUCCCCUCUGUAUGUGACUCAGCCAGACCCUCGGGAGGGUCCAAGUCCCCUUUGGCGAGGACAGGGGAGUUUACGCUGGGUGCUGUGCAUGGGUUUGGCCUUGGGCUUCUCUGCGCGAGAAAAAGCGAAGGGAGGGAAGGAGCAGCAUGGAGCCUGCUCCUUAGAGGCAGGUGACAGAUCCCAGUCGUGCCACCGCGCGGAGGAUUAAUCCUCCCCUGCUCCAGCCUCCCAAAAUAGCCCUGGAGCCCAAUUCAUUCUAAAAAGCACAAUAUUAAAUUUUAAAUCCUAAUUUUCGAGCCCAGUGCUGAGCCGCAGAGCUCUGCAAGUCAGAGAAAUCCAUGGACAGCGGGAGCUCCCGACGUCAGGGGAAAGCCGGGAUGGCUGCAAGCACCGCUGAGCUGUCCUGGGAGCUUUUCUGGGGAUGCCGGUGAAGGAUUUGCAUCGUAGCUCGUGUGUUUUAACUCUGCCUGUUUACACUGACACUGAUCAGAAAAGAAAUGGUCAUGCUAACAUAUUUUAAUUAGGCCAUUCGCAUUGCUAAAUAAAAUAAAUUUUGCAGGCGGACAUGCUUGCUGAAGAGUGAACUUUCAUUUCUCAAAAAAUUAUUUCUUCUGCCUUCCGAGGAAAUUUUAAGCUGCUUCUCAUCGCCCGACCCCAGCUCCUUCUGCAGGACCCGCUCCCUGCGGUGUGGGGGUCCCAGGGGCUGUGCCUGGGCUGGGACACGGCACGGAGCGAGGGCAAAAGUUUGGGAAGAGACCAGGAUAGGGGACCGGCAGGUAAUUAAUUGAGUGGGGUGAGGGGUGGUAAGAAAAGAAUAUUUAGCCUAGGGUGGGGAUCAGCUGAUUUAAAAGAAAGCCUUGUAUCUAGUGCCGGCUGAUUUUAACUGAAAUGGAAUGGCAUGAGGAGCUGGAAUAUGAAUCUUUGCAGACCCUUAAGUCCGAUCCCAGCCGUUAGCUGUGGCUGAGGCUCCAGGGAGCCGGUGGAGCUGCAGGAGCAAUGGGCAGAGCCAGGGAGGAGGGAAGGGAAGCAUCGACCUGGCCCCAAGGCUGCAAAAAGCACAAACCAGCUCUGGUCUGUCUGGUGUGGGACUGCUCCAGGCACCCGUCCCGCUGCUGCCACCCCGGGAUGCUCCGGCCAUCCCCUCACUGCCUUCCUGGUGCUGUUGCACUGCAAUUUGAAUGCCUUCAUGUUUAAAAACAAAAAGAAGCUCCCUGUCACCAUUCCCACCCUCUCCCCAAGGGCAGCUGGUUUGAGAGGCCAAAAAAAACCCCAAUUUCCCAAGACCUGGCACCCUUGGCUGUCACCUGCUGUGGCAUCCCUGGGGACUCAGGUGCUUCCUCCCAUUGCGGUAAUCCGCCCUGGACAAUGUCUUGUACUGUAAUUUAGUGAG